AUGAAAUUGCUAAUAAUUCUGUGGUUUUUUGUAGAAGAAAUCAUUGCUGAAGGUAUAAAUCACAUAUGUUUCCAGACUUUUCACAUUUUUUUCAGAUUUGAAGUUUGCGGAUCUCACUGCCGCCAAAACUGGGAUGAACGACAUUAGUUUUAUAGACACAGCGCAGAAUCUUGAGGUUUUUUUAAAAUUUAAAAAUUCAUUUUUAAAAUUCAAUUCGAAUUUUUUUGCAGAUUUUCAUGAUGUGGAAUGAGUGGAGUUGUUGCUCGGCUUGUUGUUGUCCAAAAUAUGUUUGUGGAAUUUAUGCCACUGAAUCAAGUUGUGAUAAAGUUCCCUCAUAUAAAUUUAGAACUGGUUUACCGUUACUGAAAAAGCAUAAAAAUGAUUCCCCAUUAGCUAAUUCUGAUUUGAAUGAAAAAUUGAAAGAUGGUGCAAAUAUGAAGUUAUCCGAACUAAAAAAUUAUAAUAAUGAUUGGUUGAAAAUCAAGAAAACAAUUGCGAAUUUCACAGAAUAUUAUGGAAUAAAAAAUCCGACUGAUGAGAAUAUAUUCCAACUCGAAGAUUGCGCGAAAAAUGAGCAGAAAUUGGAUUGUUGGAAAUGGUCUGAAUGUGCAUUUGGUAAUACUGAUGUAAGUAUUUUCAUUUGAAAAUUUGAACACUUUCACCAAUCGAAAGCUUUUCAGUGGCUUCCCGACAAAAAGGACAAAGGUGUGAUUGAAGUUGAUGUUUGUGAGAAUUCGACGAUUUUUGUGCUUCGAGACUCAUAUUCGAUUAUUCGACUUGUUCCCGAGAAAAUUUAUCGGAUUCAGAUUGAUGUAUCGAUUGGGGAAGGCAAUUUGAACGGGGUUAGUAUUUGGGGAGAAAAAUUGUAUUGUUUUUUUUUCAGAAAUUCUGAAAAUCAAACUCACAAUUUUUUUCCAGGUAAAUUUCUCGGUAAACGGAGAAGUCAUUAAACCAAUUCAAAAUAUUCAACAUUGUGAAGGACAAAACAAAAGAAUGGUACAGUAAUUUUUCUCAAAUUUUCAAAAAAAAAACCAUCAUUUUUCAGUUUCAAAAACCAUCAUUUUUCAGUUUCAACAUCCACAAAGUGGCGAUUUGAUACUUCGACUAACUUCAGAACAACUUUCAAACAAUCCAAUAGUUUUGGCAAAUGUUAGUUUUCGAAAUGUUGAAAUGGUUUUACAAUGUGAUUUGGUCAGUGCAAUUGAUAAGGAAUUGUAAGUUUUUUUCUUCUGAAAUUCCGAAUUGAAAUUGGAGAAUUUUAGAUCAAAUCAAGCAUCGAUUGAUGUUUGGAUAUCAGCAGGAAUUUGUGGAUUUUUAGGUGAAACAUUUAUUUUAAAAAAAUUGGGGAAAAAAUUAAAAUUACAGGAUUGGCAUCGUUGGGAUUGCUGCAAUUUAUUAUUUAUAAAGUUAGGGUGAGAAAAAAUUGAGAAAUAAAAGUUUUUAAACAAGUUGGUCUAAAAUUAAAAGGUUGUAUUCCAAAAAAAAACAACUUUAAAACAUCGAAAAAAGAUGCAAAAUGAGAAAAAUAUAUUUUUCUUUCUUUCUCUCUAUUUUCAAGCUCCGCCCCCUAAAAUGCAUUUCGAAAAUGAACCAGAUGUUUUGAAAAUGAACCUGAUCAUUUAUCUCUAUCAAAACCAACAACAUUAAGAAGUUGUUAUUGUUUGUUAUUUUUGGACGAGAUGUUUUGGAGAUGAUCACGUUCAAUUUUUUUGAUUGGAUAAGAUGUUUGGAAAUGUUGUUGAUAUGUGGAGAAAUAAGUAGAUUAUUUCUGGUUUUAAGGAAAACAAAGUGACAAAGUUUUAAGACUUUGGGAAAUUAAGAUUCAAAUUUAGAGACAUAGAAGCUACGGUAAGUAGCGGAACCUAAAGAACUUAAUUGUCUAAAAUCCACAGCCUUUAGAGUUUCUAGCAGAUCAAGCAGCUGAAAUAAAUUCUAGUUGUCAAGUAGCCGCGCCUAGAGAAUCUAUUGGUCUAGAGCCAGCGCCUUGAAAUUCUAGUCCUCAAGUAGCCGCGCCUAUAAAAUCUUAUUGUAUAGGACUCACAUCUAGAGAUGGCAAGUCUCCGCGCCUUUGGAGCUUCAAUACCUAGUGGUCGAUCCUAG